UUUUAGCAGCUGCCGAAAAGAGCACAGAGAAGGCGCCUUCCUGGUGUCAAGAGGCAGGGAGUUCCAAAGGUUGCAGUCUGCCACACUAAAAGGUCAAAGUUCUUACAAAGGCAGGACAGGGAUCGUGUUGCAUCUGUGACAGGGACAGUUCUGCCAGUCUCUCCCCCCUUUCCUCUCGCAUCAGAUCCACUGUGAUGAAUGGGAGCCGGGGGAGCUAUUUGCGCAAGCCCCGUUCCCCUUGCGGAGGCAGACUUCCCCCUCGUAAAUGUGUGGGGAAUGGGGAAGCCAGCUGGGCUUCCUGCCUCCAGCUCCGACGUGGGGCUGGAUGUCCCCAAAGGGGUCGCAGCUGAAGGUGCUGCGCAGUCCUGAGGAGCCCCCACUGACCCAGCAGCCCAGCUUGGCUCCAAAGAAGGACUUCCGCUGCAUCCUUGUGGUGGCCAUCCUCUCGACGAUGCUGGCGACUGUCCUCCUUUUCCACAUGUUCAUCCUCCCCUUUCAUGGUCUGACCUCGGCAGGGAAGGAGGCGGCUGCCGGGCCUUACCUGGGCAACAGGUGCAACGAUCCCUGCAGGAGCGUCCUGGUGGAGAGCAUCCCCGAGGGGCUGACGUACGACGACAACAGCACCCUCAACCCUUCCAUCUUCGACGCCUGGAAGACCCUCCUGGCAGACGCCACCCGCAGUGUGGACAUCGCCUCUUUUUACUGGACCCUGAGCAACAAGGACACCGGCACCCAGGACCCCUCGGCCGGCCAGGGGGAGGAAAUCCUGGCAGCGCUGAGGGAGGUGCCCAGCAGAGGCGUCACCUUGCGGAUAGCCGUCAAUCCUCCUUCCUCCCGGAUGCCUUGCUCUGACCUGCAGCUGCUGGAGGAGAGCGGCGCCCAGAUCCGCAAAGUCAACUUCCCGGAACUGACCGGUGGGGUCCUGCACACCAAAUUCUGGAUCGUGGACCAGCAGCACAUCUUCCUUGGCAGCGCAAACAUGGACUGGCGCGCCCUCACCCAGGUGAAGGAGCUGGGCAUGGCUAUCUACAACUGCAGCUGCCUGGCCCAGGACUUGGGGAAGAUGUUCGAAGCCUACUGGGCUCUGGGUCUGUCCAACGCCACCAUCCCGUCGCCCUGGCCGGCCAAUUACUCCACCUCCUAUAACAAGGAGACGCCGCUGGAGCUGGAGCUGAACGGCACGGAGGCCGGGGUCUACUUCUCGAGUGCUCCCCCUGCGUUGUGCGCCACAGGGCGGACAGAGGACCUCCAGUCCCUGGUGAGCAUCAUUGAUGACGCCAAUGAGUUUGUUCACAUUGAGGUGAUGAGCUACCUGCCCACCAUGGAGUUCUCGCACCCCAAGAGGUUCUGGCCAGUGAUUGAUGACCACUUGCGGAAGGUGGCUUACGAGAGGAGAGUCCGUGUGCGACUGCUGGUCGGAUGCUGGAGGCACUCCAAGGCCAACAUGUUCCCCUUCCUGCGCUCCCUGGCUGCCAUGCACGACGUCCGCACCCACUACAACAUGGAAGUGAGGCUCUUUGUGGUCCCAGCCAAUGAGUCGCAGGCCAAGAUCCCCUACGCCAGAGUCAACCACAGCAAGUUCAUGGUGACGGACAAGGUGGCUUAUAUUGGAACAUCCAACUGGUCCGGGGACUACUUCCUUCGCACGGCGGGGUCCGCUCUGGUAGUGAACCAGAGCCACGUGGGGGCCGGAGAACAGCUCACGGUUCGCGAUCAGCUGCAGGCGGUGUUUGAGCGGGACUGGAACUCCAGAUACAGCCAGGAGCUGAGCUUGCCGGGCCAGUGGGAGCAGUUGUGCGGCACCUACUAGCCAAAGGGACACCC